UUCUGCGUCUCCAGCCCUGAGGACAACACUGUGUCUCUGCUUUGGUUUGCUCCCUGGUUGACCUAAAUACAGCAUCUCUGCGGUCCCUCAAGGCAGACGAUCACACAGCCCACUACAGGCUCUGAACAACGAGACAGCCUAGAGUUUCUUUUUCUGGAGGAUUUUCCCCAUCUCUCCAACACGGCAUUUCUGCGGGAUCUCUUCCAGCUGAUGCUUGCGCCCUCUUUGCCGUCAUGGGCUGCGUCGGGAAACGAGACACAUUCCCGGGAAUGACAUUACAAUAUCCAAAUCUGGGAUUUUCUUUUGAAUAAGGUGACGGUCGGUGUGGGGACGGACAGAAAAAGUCAAUAUGCUUGACGAUAAAGGUCCGAGCUCGAAGCUGAGACCUGCGUCCAGAGGUUCGUCUUUUUACAUUGAGAAUUUGCUGAGGACUACAAACACAGGGACUUCCGCAGAGGAGCGGGCAGACACCCUUAGCUUCAAACUUAGCGGCCACAGGCCGGUGAUCUGUCCGGGACUGGAGACAAAACGGAAGGAUAAAGUGCUGAACUGGAGCGAGAUUUCACCGAACACAGCGUGCGCCACUACACGAAGUUCACAGCACAAGGACGAACACACAGACCACAGCCAUCCGGAUUCCCCAGUUUUACGAGGGCGGGAGGAGGAGAACGAUGAGCCGGGCGGAAGGGGGGACGACAGAUUCACGGAUGACAGGGAGGAGGAGGACGCGCGCUCCUCCUCCUGCAUCUCUCGAGAGGACAGUUGUGAUACAGGUGAAAUGAAAGUCACACGGAAGAAGAAAACCCGCACCGUGUUCAGCCGGAGUCAGGUGUUCCAGCUCGAGUCCACCUUCGACCUGAAGCGCUACCUGAGCAGCUCUGAGCGAGCCGGGCUGGCCGCCUCGCUGCAGCUCACCGAGACCCAGGUGAAGAUCUGGUUCCAGAACCGCAGGAACAAGUGGAAGAGGCAGAUCACCGCUGACAUGGAGGCCAGCAGCGCCGCCGUCAACUACGCAGCCCAGAGGGUCGUCAGAGUUCCUGUGUUGUAUCGCGAGAACGUCACCACACCUGUGACGCUGACCAGCCUGCCCCAAGUGUCGCCGCCGAUGCUCGGCCUCUCCGGUUCUAUCAACUAUCCUCUGAGUUCCCACUUCACCCAUCCGGUGUCGUUCAUAACCCCACAGAUGACUGGACUGGUGUGACUUUAAGGACCGAGCACACUUGUGACUCUUUUGAGCCCAGUUAAUCAAAUAAAGAUGCUGCAAAAAUAAGAA